UGGACACCUCCAAAAAGUGUCUAACUCAUUUUGAUACUAGUGUGCAUGCACAAACCUUUCCCUCUAGGCUUGAACAAUUACUUGACAACGGGAGUUGUUCUAUACUAAGUCCCAUAAUAUACCUCCUUUCCCACGUAGUUCCUAUCUAUCUAGAUCUAUACUCCUCUUAGUCCUCUACAGAAAUGCUUGAUUUGUUUCUACUUGGUCUUGACUCUCGGGUCCACUUCUAUCUUUGUCUAGCAUUCCAUACUCUCUCUGCAGGUUUCCCAUGUCCUGUGUUUGAACUGCUGAUAAUAUUUACUAGCAAUGGCAAUGUACUGUGUUACUAAUAGAUCUUAUCAACUAGUCUAAUUAUAAUAUUACAGGUACAUGCUUCACGAUGACCAACAAUACAAGCACUCGUUGCAGUGAACGUGGCGAUCCGUUUCCUGGUCAAGAGGUGUGGUGGAUCUACAUCGUUGUAUUCGUCAUCCUCUACAUUACGUAUCUAGGCCUCAGUUUGUUAAUUCGUGGACUCUGCUUAAUCACAAAGAAGUGUAGACAACUCACAAUGAACCCGAAUCAGCAAAAAGCUAGCAGAAAGUUCAACAAGAAACUUCGUUUGCUUUUGUCUGGUGACUCCAUUCUAAGCAAGACUUUGAUUCUGGUGACAUUUGCGUGCAACUCUAUCUAUAUAAUCCUAGCCUUAUACAGAAGUAUAGAACCUCCUUUGGUUGAGUAUUGCUACAGCAUCACUCAAGAACCAGCAAGAAUAGUUGAACUAUGCAUUGUUCUGGAACUCAUAUGCUUUUCCAUUGUUCGUUUACUCGCUUCUAAUAAUAUUGUUUUGCACUGGUUUCAUCUCUACACACUAGUUGAUGUACUGACUCUCCCUCACAUAUUUGUGUCAGUGGCCCUGGGUGUGGAUUGGCUGGGGCUAAGAUCUGCUCGUUUCAUAUGGCUAACUCAGUUGAUUACAGUUUUUAGAUUCAUUCCUUGGAUUAAGUCACAGAACUUCCUCGAUUUGUUUGCUCUUGCCAUUUAUUUCUUGACGCUGCUUUCUUUUGGUGCUGGAAUAAUUCAUCUUAUAGAGUACACUGGAGAUCCUUGGAUCAAUAACCACAAUGCUUCCGAACAUAAUAUCUUCUCGUAUGGAUACUACAUUCUUGUUACCGUGACUACUGUUGGAUACGGUGAUAUAACCCCCAAAACAUCUUUUGGCCAAGGCUUUAUGUUUGUGUACAUUAUUAUUGGAUUGGCUUUCUUUGCUGCACUACUGCCUCUCAUAAACGAUGUACUUCAAUACUUUCAUUUCAACAGAUUAUAUUCCAGUUUUGAUAGAACACGGGUCUUACGUCAUGUGAUUGUUUGUGGCCACAUCACCGCAUUUACUGCUCAGGAUUUUCUCAAGGAUUUCUUGCACCCUGAUCGAGGAGACUCAAACACACAUGUCCUUUUCCUCCACCCAACUCGGCCUAGUAGGAAACUGCGGAAUGUGUUUCGUUGCUACUACACUCGAGUUCAGUACAUUGCCGGAUCUGUAUUGGACAGAAGCGAUCUUCUAAAAAGCAAGUUAUUGAGUUGUUCUGCUGUUUUCAUUCUUGCAGACAAGUACACGAAUAAUCCACAGGAGGAAGACAAUGGUAACCUUCUGCGAUUGGUGUCUAUCAAGAACAUAACUACUAAGAUACCAGUGAUAAUACAGCUUCUCCUUGGCUCGAGCAAGAAACAGGUUAAGAACAUUGAAGGGUGGAAUCCUGGUAGAGACAUUGCUGUCUGUUUGAACGAGCUGAAGCUUGGAUUACUGGCUCAGAGUUGUCUGUGUCCCGGAUUCUCAACACUAAUUGCCAACCUUUUCUACUCUUCUGAUUUCCCAGCUCUCAAAUCCUUUGAAGGUCCAAAUGCUUGGAAACAAGGUUACACAAGAGGCGCUUCCAAUGAAAUCUAUCCGACUCAUUUCUCACCCAGUUUUGAAGGAAAGAACUUUCAAGAAGCCGCUCGCAUUUGCUAUAAUCAAUUUGGACUAAUUCUGCUAGCAUUUGAAUCUCCUGAAGGCAAGCUCUGCAAAUUUGACAUUAACCCUCCUAAUUCUGAGAUCACUAUUCAAAGUGGUCUCCUUGGAACUCGAGGCUACUUUGUUGGGCAGGAUGUCAACCAUGUGUCAGUUGUGAGUAGCUACUGUGAAACUUGCGAUAAAAAUUUGAAAUUAGUUGACCAUAUAGAACUUAUCCGAAGGGUCUCUCGUCGUAAUUGCAAUUGUUCAGUUUUGACUGAAGUGGUCACUACCAGAAAAUUGGAGGGAACUGAGCUAGUGGAAUUUGAUGAAGCUUCUGUACCUACAGGCAUAUUUUCUAAGCGGCAAGGUACAUUUUCAAAGCGUCCAUCACACUGUCCUGUUUCAUUUACAAUCGACCAAGAUGAUGGUGAAGAGGCGAGUGGAUCCUACAGUCGUGAGCCAAUUGAACUGGAAGAAGUCACUCUUAAUUCGGAUGCAUUUAUGAAGGGCCCAGAAGGAAUUAUACCAAACCUGGAAAAUCACAUUGUUGUGUGCGUGUUUGCUGACGAAAAGUCUCCACUACUUGGGCUGCAAAGUUUCAUCAUUCCUCUCAGAGCUAAAAGUAUUUCAAGAGAGUCUAUAAAGCCUGUUGUCAUUGUGAGCAACAGCACUUUUCUGAAAUGUGAAUGGCCAUUCAUACAAAGCUUUCCUGGAGUAUAUGUGAUUGAGGGGUGUCCACUAUAUCUUCAAAACCUCGAAGCUGCUUCCAUCGACUCUUGCAGUGUGUGCAUCAUCACGACCAUGCUCUCAGCCGACAGUGACGAACCAGCCAUCAAUGACAAAGAAGUGGUCCUCUGCAGUCUCAGCAUUCAGAAGUACCUCAAGAGAAAUGCCAUGCAGCAUGUUCAGAUAAUUGCUGACCUCCGACAGGAAUCUAAUGUGCAGUUCCUCGACUUUGGAGAUGAAGACGAACCAGAUGAGAGAAUCUACAAAGCUCAACCGUUUGCGUGUGGAGAAGCAUUUUCAGUUUCUAUGAUGGACUCUGUGACAAGUUCUGCAUUCCACAGUCCAGGCACCUUGUACCUUGUGGAAGACCUGAUCCAGUGUACGGGCACCAAGGCAACCUGUCAGAUUGUGGGGGUUCCCCUUAAUUCAGAAGAGUAUAGCGGCAAGACGUUCCAAGACUUGUACAACCUCCAGCUAGACAAGAACAACCUCACCCUCGGUCUGUAUCGCAAGCUGCCUGCUCAAGCAAUGCUUGCUAACUGCAACCCUGGAAGAAGCAUUCCUAGUGUUGCUGGAGUAAGCCAAGAUAAGCACUAUGUGAUCACAGCACCUAAUCCUGGAACGUUAUUGGAUGAAAUGGACAUUGCAUUUGUGUUGGUUAACAAGUCUAGUACUCCUGCAGAACUCAAUUACAAGUACACGAACAAUCCACUGGAGGAAGAUAACGGUAAUCUUCUGCGAUUGGUGUCUAUCAAGAACACUACUACUAAGAUACCAGUGAUAAUACAGCUUCUCCUUGGCUCGAGCAAAAAACAGGUCAAGAACAUUGAAGGGUGGAAUCCUGGUAGUGACAUUGCUGUCUGUUUGAACGAGCUGAAGCUUGGAUUACUGGCUCAGAGCUGUCUCAUUCAGAAGUACCUCAAGAGAAAUUCCAGGCAGCAUGUUCAGAUUAUUGCUGACCUUCGACAGGAAUCUAAUGUGUAGUUCCUCGACUUUGGAGAUGAAGACGAACCAGAUGAGAGAAUCUACAAAGCUCAACCGUUUGCUUGUGGAGAAGCAUUUUCAGUUUCUAUGAUGGACUCUGUGACAAGUUCUGCAUUCCACAGUCCAGGCACCUUGUACCUUGUGGAAGACCUGAUCCAGUGUACGGGCACCAAGGCAACCAGUCAGAUUGUGGGGGUUCCCCUCAAUUCUGAAGAGUAUGCCAACAAGACGUUCCAAGACUUGUACAACCUCCAGCUGGACAAAAACAACCUCGUACUCGGACUGUAUCGCAGGCUGCCUGCUCAAGUGAUGCUUGCUAACCCUGGAAGAAGCGUUUCUAGUGUUGUUGGAAUAAGCCAAGAUAAGCACUAUGUGAUCACAGCACCUAAACCUAAAACGUUACUGGAUGAAACGGACAUUGCAUUUGUGUUGGUUAACAAGACUAGUACUCCUGCAGAACUCAAUUAA